AUGAAUUUUCCAUACAAUCAGUAGCAGUAACCUAUGGUCAUGCCUUACUUAGUAUUCUUUAUGCCUCUAAAUCAGCAGUUCUAAAAUAUGAAUAUCGGCCAAGUUCCAUAGUAAGCACCUCCUGGGUUCAUUCCACGCUCGUAUUCGGGAAUGCUACCACAGCCUGCAGGUGUAAUGAUGAUGCCACCGAUGUAUAAUUAUGGACAGACACCGAAUCCUAUGGGAUAAUAUCCACCUAACAUUCCAGCAUAGCAAUGCUAGUCAUAAACAAAUCUCUAAAAUGUGAUAUAAACGAUUCAACCGGGUUUCAUGCCCUAGAGAUGUGAGACUGAUAUAAAGAAUCUAGGGGUAUCUCAAACGAAUAAUCUAUCACCAAUCGAAAAAAAGAGUAAUGAUAAUUUCAAAUAUAGUAACACCGCAACAGAUUUAACAAAAUAAAUAACAGGCCUAACUGAUGGAAAUAAAUCAUAAACUAGAGUUAGCCUUAUCAUUCCACCUAAAAAAGAAGAGAAUAUAGUGCCUCCUGAGAUUGAAGAAAAUCUAUUUGACGAUAAUUCCUAGUCUCUUCAAGAUGAUUCUGGUGAAUCUGAUUCAGACUGGGACGCUAAUAUUGAAAACAGAAAGAAAUAAGAAAUGAAAUCAUCAGUAGUAUCUUCAACAAGUAAGCAGGGUUUCUCUGUAAAGAUUCCGCUAAUCACAAGUUCUACAAAAUUAGAUAAUGGAAAAAAACCAAUUAAAAAUAAUGAUUGGUCAAGUGAGGAGAACAGAUACAUGAAGACUGAUGAUCAAGUACGAAUAUUAGAAUCAGAGUUCAGUAAAGACCCAUGCUGGACCAAACAAAAAAUGAAGAGGCUUUCAACUCUUCUAAACUUAAAGGAAUCACAAAUAUACAAGUGGAACUGGGACAGGAGAUAAAUGUAGGACAGAUACAUAUAAAAGAGAAUUGAAAACAAAGAUCUACCAGAGAAUCUUUUUAAAAUAACUAAGGUUGCUAAAAACGAGUAAUCUGAUGACUACGCUACCGAUGAAGCCGGAGAAUCUUAAAACGGAUACUUUAAAAUUCUCAGGGCUGGAAAUUUUAAGAAGUUUUGA